UUUGCGUCAUCAUUAUGAACCUGGUAUCCUGUUAGCCAACAUGGAAGGGGAUAAACUGUCAGCGAGUACUGUGCAGUCUGUGAUAGAGUUAUUGGAAGAUGAAUGUUACACUGACUUUGUGAAAGAAGACUUCGAUGUAAAAUCAUACACUGCUCAAGCGAUUCAUCACGCAGUUAUAGCAGAGCAGCUUGCAAAACUUGCUCAAGGAAUCAGCCAGUUAGACAAAGAACUGCACUUGCAAGUAGUUGCAAGACAUGAAGACUUGUUAGCACAAGCAACUGGAAUAGAGUCUUUGGAAGGUGUUCUGCAGAUGAUGCACACUCGAAUUGCUGCUUUACAGAGUGCAGUAGACAGAAUCCGUGCAAAGAUUGUUGAUCCACACAACAAGAUAGUAUCUCGUACUGCACAGCUGGCAAGGUUGCAGGUGGCAUGUGAUUUACUGAGAAGGAUAAUACGCAUCCUGUACCUCAGUAAACGACUUCAAGGCCAGCUACAGGGUGGAAGCAGAGAGAUAACUAAAGCAGCUCAAAGUCUGAAUGAGCUUGAUUACCUUUCUCAAGGAGUUGAUCUUUCUGGGAUAGAAGUAAUUGAAAAUGACCUGCGAUUUAUUGCAAGGGCAAGACUUGAAGUGGAAAAUCAAGCCAAGCGCUUACUUGAACAAGGAGUAGAAACACAGAACCCAACACAGGUUGGUACUGCACUCCAGGUCUUCUACAACCUUGGGAACUUGAAAGAAACUAUCAAUAAUGUUGUCAGUGGGUAUCGUUCACAGCUGGAAGACAAUGUCCAGAAUGCAUUAGAUAUCAAAGUCUUAACUCAGCCUUCUCAGACUGGCUUAAGAGGUGGACCUGGCAGAGCAGCUAUGCCCACACCAGGAAAUACUGCAGCUUUCCGUGCUACUCUGUGGACAAACAUGGAAAAACUCAUGGACCAGAUAUGUGCAGCUUGUGGACAGGUUCAACAUCUCCAGAAAGUGCUGGCCAAGAAGAGAGAUCCUGUUUCUCAUGUCUGUUUUAUUGAUGAACUAGCUAAGGAUGGUCAUGCAGAAUUUCUUCAUACAUUUUGGAAUGCAGUUACAGAAAUCAUGUCCACUGAGUUUCAGAAGGCUACACAGUCAUCCAUGUUUUUGAAGCAAGCAUUUGAAGGCGAAUAUCCCAAACUGUUAAGAUUAUAUAAUGACUUGUGGAAAAGACUGCAGCAGUAUAGCCAAAGCAUCCAGGGGAGUCUAAGUGUUGCUGGAAAUGCAGAACUCCUUCCUGACCUGCCCCAUGUGGAGGAAGAUGCCCGUGAUAUCUUCAUGCACAAAAAACAGGAUUAUGACCCAGAAAAAGCCUUGAAAGACUCUCUUCAUCCAUAUGAAACAGCUUAUCUCUCAAAAUCAUUAUCUCGGCUCUUUGAUCCAAUCAACCUUGUGUUCCCCCCUGGAGGUCGUAAUCCACCUUCCACUGAUGAACUUGACAGCAUCAUUAAAACUGUAGCGAGUGAGCUGAAUGUGGCAGCUGUAGAUCCAAGUCUGAGUUUAGCUGUGGCAAGAAAUGUGGCCAAGACCAUUCAGCUGUAUGGGGUAAAAUCAGAACAACUUCUUUCCACACAAGGGGAGGCUAGCCAGGUAAUUGGACCACUUACUGAAGGCCAAAGAAGAAAUGUGGCAGUUGUGAAUUCAUUGUACAGGCUGCAUCAGGCUGUGUUAAAGGUUAUAUCAAGUCUGAAUUCCUUUCCUUCAGCUGCCGAGAAGUGUAUUAACAAUGCCUUAGAGACGGUGUAUGCUCUCAUGGGAAGUGCAAUACAGCCUUUAUUGAAUUCUGUCAGAGACUCUAUAGAGGACAUUCUUGUCACCAUGCACCAGGAGGACUUUUCUGGGCCUUUAUCUAACACUGGAAAACCAGAUGUGCCGUGCUCACUUUAUAUGAAGGAACUGGAAGGAUUUAUAGCCAGAGUAAUGACAGACUAUUUCAGACAUUUUGAGUGUGUGAAUUUUGUAUAUGACAACACAGAAAUUAUUGCACAAAGAGCCAUUGACGUGUUUAUUCGCAAUGCUAGCCUCUUGAGACCACUUGGUGAAGGAGGGAAAAUGAGACUGGCAGCUGAUUUUGCUCAAAUGGAAUUGGCUGUGGCCCCACUCUGCAGAAGGGUGUCUGAUCUAGGCAAACCCUACAGAUUACUGAGGUCAUUCAGGCCUCUGCUGUUUCAGACAAGUGAACAUAUUGCUAAUAGUCCAGCUGUCGGGGAACUUAUUCCACACAGCACUAUUAUUCACUUCCUGUUUUCAAGAGCACCGCCAGAGUUAAAAUCUCCACACCAGAGAGCAGAAUGGUGUAUUCCACGGUAUUCCCAGUGGCUUGAUGACCACCCAGCAGAAAAAGAUCGAUUGCUUCUCAUAAGGAGCUCCUUGGAAGCCUACGUACAGGCAGUGCGAGCAAGAGAAGGAAAAGAGUUUGCACCUGUUUACCCCAUCAUGCUUCAGCUUCUUCAGAAAGCAAUGUCUGCUGUGCUGUAGUGUCUGAAAUAGUCUGUUAAAAUCUGAUUGUUUUCAAGAACUUGUUUUAGAAAAGUCUAUACCAAAUGUCCUCUCAGCAGUUGCUGACAGUAAAUUUUGGUGGCAAGAAUAGGGAAUGCUCUGAAUUCUUUGUAUAUAUAUUUCUUCCGCUAAGUGUACACUUCGGUUUCUGAUUCUUUGUUGAUAAGUCCCAAUGUACAAGGGGAAAAUGACAUUUUCUGCUGGGAUGAUAAGUGUAAUUUGAAAUGGUAGUUUAAGAAUGUCAACCUCUGAAUUGCAGCUAUAUUCUGUAGCCAUGCCUUAUGUACAUUGAAGGAGAAGGUGCUGAAUCUUAUAGUUUGAUUUAGCAUGAGAAACUUUUCUUAAGGUUAGGUUUCAACUUUAUAAGUGUUGCAUCUGUACAUCAGUUUACUGACCCUAGUAGACAGCUCUAAUUUACACUCUUUUGCAGAGCACUGCUUUAAAAAUUCUGUAAUGUAGUGUCUUUAUUUUACAGCCAGAAAAUUUUAUAGCAGAAUACAUAUGAUUUUCUUUGAUUUGGGAAGAACAUAAUGUGUUACAGGUAGCAUGUACUUCACUUUUCAGAGUAAUUUGUGAUGUAGUAAUAUUGAAAGUGUUAUAUGUACCCCGGUGUUGAAUUCCAAAUAAAACUUGAGGGCAGAGCCUUUAUGGUUUAUAUAGGCAUCUGAUACUAUGGAGUAUACAUUACAUUUAUCCAAAUAUAUACCACAUUGUUUAUGUAACAUUUCAUACCACUGCAAGCAUUUACAAAAAAAAGCUUGUGAGCUGUACACAGAUUUAGUUUCCAGAUCUCUUCAGCACUGUCAUGGAUCAGGGUGCAUUUUUUAUGUUUUGAUUUUAAAAUUGAAGUAAACAAGAUUUACUGCUGAUUUACAGAAGGUGAAAAGUUCAGUGCUAUAGACCUUCUAGUUCAAAAUGCAGAAUAUUACUUGGGACGCAUAUAUUGUGAUGAAAAGUUAUUGAGUUUGCCUGUAGGGAAAAGUAGUCUGCAGUUACUUUGUAAAAUACAUAGUGAAGCAAAGGAUUGGGAUAGUAUGUGUUAGUAGAUUUCACUUACCUAGAGGGUGGGAUUUUGCUCCUGAAUUUUAUAGAAAGCAUCUGAUCCCAUGACUUUAUUUAUAUUUAAGUUUUACACAUAUACAGUCCUUCCUUUAUUCUCUGUAAUUGCUGACACAUGCUUUCUUUUCUUUCCUAAAACAGUUAUGUAACGUUAAUGUUUAAAAAGCAAAAGUUUUACUUUUAUCGAACAACAAUUUGUACCCAACGAAGUGGUGUCAUAUCUUGGUGCAUAUGUAUUGUAAUAUGCUUCUGGAUAUUACAGCACAGUAAGACCCAGAUUUUCCUAUAAAGAAAAGAAGCAGAUUGUUAUUCAAGCAACAGUGCUUGACAAGGUGUGUGUUAUUGUGGAAAUAAUGCACACCCAGGGGUAUUCUGAGGGACUGUGCCGCAGGCAGAGGGCUUCUACAACCCUGGAAUGGAUAUCUACAAAAUUGUUUUAUUUUUUAUAUAUUUCUGAUUUAAAGUAGUACUCUACCUAAUGAGUCAAACUUGUUUUAGUAUGUAAAAGGAGGUGUUUUACAUCAAAAAUAUAAAGAUAUUUAAGCAUUUAAUGUUUAGACAGACAUACACAAACAUUCAGAAGUACAAACAUAUAUACAUAAAUGCUCACUCACACACACACACACACACACACGCACAUUCACAUAGAAGCACACACGCACAUACACAUAGAAGCACACACACACAUUCAAAACCACAAACAUGGAUACAUACACAUAUAUACUUGUAAACAAACACGGUAAUUAAUAGACACUUUUUAACACUCUUUGCCCCUGUUUUUGCUGCAAAAUCUUUUUUUUUUUUUUAAGCACAGUCAGGAAGUAAAGUAGCAAGAAUCGCCUAUUUCUUUGUUUAAUUAAUCCCUUCAGAUAGACUGCCUGCCGGUCUCAAUCCGUCUCACUCACUCACACUUACUGUGUCACGCAUGCAUGCAAACACACACACAUCAACACAAAUACACACACACGGUUUUCUUUUUUUUUAAUUAAAUGACCUUCAUGACAGCUUAACAUGCUGUCAUGAAGUGACAGACUUGUUUUUCAGUGGGCAUUUCCUGUACAUACCUUCACUCUCCAGUCAGGAUUUAAUGUAUAGUUCACCAAUUCUCUAAUAAAAGGCAUGCAUGCCACUGGUGUUAACAUAAGGGAUUGCUAGAUGAUAUUGCCACCCAGGAAGAUACUAUUCCCUUUAUCAUUACACAUUCUACUUGUGAUAACUCACUUCAUAUUUAAUCAUAGUUGAAAGUGCACAUGGCUGUUAGAAGUUUGUAGUUGCAGCAGACUUUCGACUUGCUGUUGAUUUACUAAAUUAUUAUCCACACCAGCUAUAUGUAAAUAAGUGGUAAUAAAUUCAGAAAAUAUAAAGAUCAAUGAGUUGAUACAUGAACAGUACUAAUUUCAUCAGUAAAAUACAUUUCUGUUUGGGCAACAAUUUUACAGCUAUAGUGUGCAGUUCUAAUUUAAAAGACAUUCUAUUGUAAAAAAAAAUGUUUAUUUUCUGAUGUGCAUUUGUUGUGUUAUACCUGGAAAUUGUUCCCCUUACUUCAAAUUUAAAUAAUGCUGCCAUAAAUCUUCUGCCAGUCAUUUUGUUUUAAUUCAGAAUGAAGUGUUUACUAUCUGUCCUUUAAUUUUCUUAUAAUAAACUCAUUUGGUUCAUUAACAAAUGAAAAAAAAAAUCCUAAGCUGGGCAUGAGGGCACUUAGUUUGCUGAGAAUAAUACAAACAAAUAUGGAAACUUGGUGCUGGGUAAGGAUUGCUUGGACAAACUAUUGUGCCAAUUUCCGUCUCUGUUGAAUAGCUGCAGAUCUUAGUUAUCCAACAGCUUUUCCCCCACGUAUCUGGAACAACGUUAUGGCUGCCUGUGCAUUUGUGAAUUCCUUAAAUAUUUGAACCCUACUACCUCUUCAGAAAUUAUAUUCAUCCAUCAUCCUUUCUGUGAAGUAGUAGUUUCUUAUCUUAAUGAAUUGAUUGGUCCACUUAUAAAAAAACAUCUCACAGAGUGUUCCUUAAAAAAGGUUAGGAUUUAUAUUAUGUCACAAUGUCAGCACAUUGAUGAUCAAAGGUGGAGAAGAAAAAUACCACUGCAUUGUUGACGUAUGGCUGUUGGGUGCAGUGGACACCAUGACCUCUGCUGAUAUCAUGAGACUCAAGUAUAGAAUAUCUGACUAUAUAGAAAAAUGGGCACUGGGUAAGUAAACAUAAGCAUCUGCUUGUCUCCUUUCAAAAUGCUUUUUCUGUUGUUAACCACAAAUUCUUGUGUACUCUGAGUAUUUGCUUAGUGCAGUGACAACCUAAAGUGUGUGUGAUAAGCCCACCACAAUCAUAUUUUAAGGAUCACAUCCAUAAGGUAGAGCAGUGUUGUAGUUUAUUAUAGGUGAGCUGAAAACUACGGACUUUCCAUUUGAAAGGGGCACAAGGGUUGAAAAAGCUGGUGUUGAUAGUUGGCUAAAAUGUUAAUCUGUAGGCAGGUUACUUACCAGAGAAAUGAAGUGCAUUAUUUUUAUUGAAAGAUAUUUCCAUUUUGCAUGUUCAGACUUGUACUUUACCAAAUUAUGUAUGUUCAUCUGUGCACAGCAAGGCCUUGUUUCCAUCAUAGGGUUCUGAUGACAUCAGGAACCACUAGAGCUUUUUUCUUAGAGCCCUAAAAGUGUGAUUACCAGUGCUUGAUUAUGUUUCGAUGAUCUACUUUGAUUAAAUUAUUUGUAAACUUUGUUCUAGUCAUUUUUUAAUAAACUUGAAAAGAAUUUUCCACUGUUUAGGUGUAACAGCAAACCAUUAUCUCCUGCCAAUGUUGUAUUGACUGCCAGAGAAUAAAAGGAAGCACUAGUCUUAAGUAUCUGAAAAGUAGGAUUGCCUGCCUUCCUUAAGGUGGUCAACUAUUAUAUUGUGAGUAGUGGUUGUAUGGCAAGUCAGCAGCCAUAAAAGGAUAUAUCAGGAUCCUUCUGUAGAACAUAUGUCCAUUGUAUACUUCUACAGUGCUGGUACCAAGCCAGGAAUUUGUCUCAAGUAACAGACUGAAAACUCCUAGGAGGAAUUCAGAAUGGUUACCGCAAAGUGUACAUUAUAUGUACACUUUGAGUAACAUUUUUGAAUGAGUAGAUAACAAAAUCACUAUGGUAGGGUUGCCCUUGAAUUCAGAUAAGUUACCUCAAGGUGUACAAAUAGUGUACAUCUUAUUAACCUUUAUGAAUCCUCCUGUAUCUGCAACAGUAUAAAGGUCUGAGUCACAUUUUCUCUCCCUCUGUGUAUUCCCCCAUACACAUAAUAACUGAAACAGGAUUUUGUUCAUCACUGCCUUUGGCCCCAUUUUCUUCCAUAGUAAGUUAAAAACAGAUGAAAUGUUGGAAUUGGAGAAAUCUGAUGGAAAAUAUAAAGGGCUACAUUUCCAAACGUUGUCUGCUGUAAACCAAAGCUGAAGCUGCUAGCAGUUUUAUUUAAGUAAUAUAAUUGUGUAAAUAAUUGUGUUUGUAAAACGCUAACACAACAUAAAUAUAUACAGGGUGUAAUUCUGUUUUCUUCAGCUGAUUCUUUAAUAAUACAUUUCAGAUGUUUUAUGUUUAAUAAUUAUAUUCUUGCAUUUCCCAGUGUACCCUAAGUUUUGCAGUCUCCAUUAUAAAAAUAAAGUGCAGAGCCAGGUUCUGGAAACUCCAGGACCUGGUUCUGUCUCAGGUAUUGAAGCUGCUGUAAGUGAGUAGAAUAAUGUACUCCUUUUUCAUUUAGGAAGUACAUUAUGUUUUGACGUGUGCUAUAAAGUAGAGUAGAGAAUCUACUUCAUUAUCUCAUUCGCUGAACUGGCUUUCUAUUUUGCUUCAGUUUCAGUAUGCAAGAAAUGUAUGCUGUUUCAUAGUGUGACCAUUGAAUCAGGAAUUCAUGAUGUACAACAGUGAAGUAAAUUUAAUUUCUCUUAAAUAAAAACAUGAUUUCAGUUUU